GCAGAAAAUAAGCUGAUUUAGUAAAAUUUGUCAGACAGGAGGAAUUGUGGCUGAACCCUGGAGCCAAGGAUCAUGGAAAGAAGGGUAAAUUGAAAACAGGUAGCAAUGUGCACUGUGGGUGUGGCUGAGCAGAGAGGCGGGGCUGAGCUAAAUUUCAGGAGACUUGGAUUCCAGUCUGAGCUCUGAAGUCAUGCUGCUCUGUUCCUUUGGGCUAAAGGCCUUUCCCCUUGAGCAUCUGUUUGCUCUUUUCUCGCUAUAAGAGUGCUCACUGAAGGGCCUCUAAGGCUCUCCUUGAGCUGGGUUUCUAAGUGGUAUUUACUAGAGCAACACAGGAGUUGCAUGGCUGAAAAAAGCCCCAAGAUGUUAAACCAAAGGACAUAAUUAUAGAAUGAUGUGAUGAAGGAAUGAAAUUUCAAAGCACCUUUGGGAUGAUUCCUGCCAGUGGAAUAAGAAAGGAAAAAAAUCCAAGUUAGCUCAAGAACGUUAUUUAGGGGUGAGGGAUACCUAAAAGCACUAAAAAAAAGUGCUUUUCAAAUGAGUUCUUUCUUUUGGUUUUGUUGGGUGACGGCUCCCUGAGGUGAAAUUCUCUCCGAUACUGUGACUUGCUUUGUAGGUGGGAUGAAGUAAGGAAUGUGCCCCUUGCAGCAGGAGACUCUAACCACAGAAAAAAUUUCCAGGCCAUUUGUGUCUUUGGGGCUACACAUUUGAAAAAGAAAUUACAUCAUUGGAGUUCCAGAUUAUUUUAAACUCAUUUCCUUUCCUUCUUCUUUCCUUAUUUUUUUUUAAAAAAUUUUUAUUUACAGAUUUUGCCAUAAGCCUAGGUUUAACUCUGUCACAGAGAUGAAUUAUUAAAAUUGGGCCCCAGAUAGAUGUCUGCUUCACAGAUGGAGGAGGCUCCCCUGAAGCCUUUGGCAGAAACUGACAUGUAGGGACUAAGCCCUUCAAAGGAGUCCCCACCAAGAGCUGCAGUGCAUAGAACCUGCCAGACUAUAUCUGCUUCUAAUAUUUCCAUUUCCCCCAUGGGGGUCCUGGCCAAUAAAUUCUUCCAAUUAUGCCCUCAUGACUCCAACUCCACAAGUCACCCAGUACCUCACUCCUCUGAAGGUCAAAAAUGUCUUCAUUGAGGCUAGCAUUAUUGUUAGCUUCAAGAACCAUUCAUUGCUGGGUUUUUGAAGGGGAAAUAGGAAAAUUCUAAGUUUUGCAUUGUACCCAGCCUCCAAGAUGGCCUCCAAAUCAGUCCCCAAUGAUCCACCUCUUGGUAUUCGCACACUUGUGUGGUCCCCUCCCACACUCUGGCAGGGUGUGCGUGAGUGUGUGAAAAAUAGCAUAUUGCAGAAGAGGGGAGGUCAGCUGCCAUGUAGUGAGGUCACUCGGGCAGCCUAGAGAGAACCCCACAUGAUGAGAAGGAACUGAAGUCUCCAGCAACAGCCAGUGAAAACUAGACAACAACCUUGUGAGUGAACUUGGAGGUGGAUCCCCACCCCACCCCAGCUGAGACUUCAGAUGAGAGUACAGCCCUGGAUGACAAUUUGACAUCAAUCUCACGACAGACCUUGAACCUGGAACCACCCAGCUAUGCCACUCUCAGAUUCCUGACCCUCAGAAACUCAGUGAGGCUUAGGAUGGAGCUUGGAUACUGGACCCCAAGGACGCCUGCAGGGACAAUCUGACUCAUUAAGGGAAAGCUGAGUACCAGCAGAAAGGGGAGACCUCAGCCUAACGACAUCUCCCCAGAGGAAUUCCCAGGAGUGUUGCUCAAGGCUUCACCUGGCCAGAUGGAGGUCGACAUGGGGGUCAUGGAUGAGAAUGCCACAAACACCUCAACCAACUAUUUUUCUCUGCUUGACCCCCACGGAACCCAAGCUGCUUUCUUCCCAUUCAACUUCAGCUAUGGCGACUAUGAUAUGCCCUUGGACGAAGAUGAGGAUGUGACCAAUUCCCGGACCUUCUUUGCUGCCAAAAUUGUCAUUGGCAUGGCGCUGGUGGGCAUCAUGCUGGUUUGUGGUAUUGGCAACUUCAUCUUCAUCGCGGCCCUGGCCCGCUACAAGAAGCUGCGCAACCUCACCAAUCUGCUCAUCGCCAACCUGGCCAUCUCUGAUUUCUUGGUGGCCGUCGUCUGCUGCCCCUUCGAGAUGGACUACUAUGUGGUACGCCAGCUCUCCUGGGAGCACGGCCACGUGCUGUGCGCCUCUGUCAACUACCUGCGCACUGUCUCUCUCUAUGUCUCCACCAACGCCCUGCUGGCCAUCGCCAUCGACAGAUAUCUGGCCAUUGUCCACCCGCUGAGACCCCGCAUGAAGUAUCAAACAGCCACUGGCUUGAUUGCCUUGGUGUGGAUGGUGUCCAUCCUCAUUGCCAUACCGUCAGCCUACUUCACCACUGAAACGGUCCUCCUCGUUGUCAAGAGCCAGGAGAAGAUAUUCUGCGGCCAGAUCUGGCCAGUGGACCAGCAGAUCUACUACAAGUCAUACUUCCUGUUCAUCUUCAGCAUUGAGUUCGUGGGCCCGGUGGUCACCAUGACCCUGUGCUAUGCCAGGAUCUCCCGGGAACUCUGGUUCAAGGCUGUCCCUGGUUUCCAGACUGAGCAGAUACGGAAGCGGCUGCGCUGCCGCCGGAAGACGGUCCUGGUGCUCAUGUGCAUCCUCACCGCCUACGUGCUGUGCUGGGCGCCCUUCUACGGCUUUACCAUUGUGCGUGACUUCUUCCCCACCGUGUUUGUGAAGGAGAAGCACUACCUCACGGCCUUUUAUGUGGUUGAGUGCAUCGCCAUGAGCAACAGCGUGGUCAACACCGUGUGCUUCGUGACCGUCAAGAACAACACCAUCAAGUACUUCAAGAAGAUCAUGCUGCUCCACUGGAAGGCUUCUUACAGCGGGAGUAAGUCCAGUGGGGACCUUGACCUCAAAACCACGGGAGUGCCUGCCACUGAAGAGGUGGACUGCAUCAUACUGAAAUAACCCCAGGACAGGACCUUUGGGACCCUGAGCAGUGUGCUUAGGUACACGCUAUCAACCAAGAACACUUGGUGUGUUGCAUAGGGCAAAGCAAAUGGACAAAUAUGUCAACGCUGUGUUCAGGGAGCUCAGAAUCUCUAAAACGGGUGUGAUUAGACACCAUCACCAGUGGCUGACAUUCAUUGAACAUCUAGUUUGUGCAAAGAGUAGGCACUGGUGAAACCUAUAUAUGUUGACGAUAUUUAAUAGGCAAAAAGAAGUAACGAUGAAACCAAGAAAAAUGUUGGGAGAUAGCCUGGAAUAAUGGGGUUUCCAGAAGGGAGCCUAAGUAGGCAUCUAAGACUGUGGUACAUGUGUCUGUAGGGUGAGGGUCUCUCUGGACCAUCUAAGUUACUCAUCAGACACUGAUGUAGCCCAUCUCUGGGAUUGUUCCUAGGCUUGAGUUCACUCCUGACAUUUGCAGGGCUGGGGCAAGAAUACAAAGCAGGCUUCUGGCUCUUCCUGCAACUUUCUCUUCUCAUCCUUGGUCCUGAUUCUCACCCUGGGCACCCAGGAAAGAAAAGAACAUACAAAUGGUUGGUGGGGGGGACCCAACAAUGAGAUUCAGUGACUCUACAGGCUUACUGAGGGCUCGUCCCUCUUUCUAAUCCACCUCCUUUGUUUGGUGGUUUGAAUUUUGAAUUUGGAAAUUUGGGAUCAGAAUAUCUGAUCCAGCCUUGGCUCCAUCACCUGUGUGGGCCUGGGUAAAGCCUCUUGGUGGGGACAAAGAUGAUACCUGUGAUGGCUACCAAUGGGGUGGUUGUGAAGAGCCAAUGAGAUAAUAUAUGGGAAAACUCUUUCAACCAUGCAAGCAAUCAAAAGAAUGGACUAACAGCUGUGUGUAGAGCCCAGGAGAAGGAAAAACUUGUCACCUUAGCUUAUGUAUCUAGAAACCUCACCAUCUCCCCCUUUCAUCAUUCUUUGUGUGAAUAUUCCCUUGCUCCUCUCAGCAAUGCUAUGUAUGCAUUAUGUGCCUAAUAGCAUGAUGGUACAACAAGGUAGUGAAAUUUGGUGGCAGAAUUAUAGAAGGAGAUGGUAGCUUGGUCUCCAGGCAGAAGAUGAGCUCAGGGUUUUAGAAACUUCAGAAUCAGAGCAUCUUUGUGAUGAUGGAAGUGUCAACCAUGCCUGUUCCUAACCAGUGUGAAUCUGGGCUAUGUGAUACUUGUUUCAUAGUCUGGUUUUAUUUUCAUGAGUGUGUAUAGCUAUAGAGCAGAUUCGUCCUUUACUUCUUAAAUAAUUCUAGAACAGUACAUCUAUAAUGCUAUUUAAGUGACAUGUGUAUGGUGUUUCCCCCUCCAAACAUAGUCAACUCUUUAUUGACAACAAAGUUUAUUUUUCUAAUAGUUACUCUAUUUCCCUGGAAGACACAUUUCAAAAACCUAUUUAUUUCUUCUUAUUCAUCAUCCAGCAGACUUACCCUAUGGUUUAACCGGAAUACUCUCAGAGGAUAAAAACUAAUUAAAAUAUUAGCCUAAAGCCAACGUGCUUUGGAAGGUAAUUCUUCUUAUUUUUUUUUUUAAUAAAAUCGCAGAUUGCAUUCUAAAAUUAGGAAAGUUAGUUUUUGGACUGAACAAUAAUAAAAUGAUAUAAUUUGUGGUCAUGUUCAUCUUUUCCAUUAGGAAUACUAAAUGUGAGUUGACUGUAUUAAAUAGGAAUUUUUUACAUGUGACAACCAAACCUCUUUCUGAUUUUCAGCCUAAAAUAUCAAAUUUUCACUUGUUUGCCUGUCUAUAAUAUUUCUAGAUAUUGUGUCUGUUCGUGAUUGUACAGUGAAUGAAAGUGUUGUUAUCAAGUGAAAUAAAACAAUCUCUCUAUAUAAUCAUU